CUACUGUGUGUCUUAACAGUACCACUAGACGGGCAGAAGGCUCUCCCGGAACUCUGCAGCCGCAUUGGCUCUGAUCAUUUCAACAUCGGGGUUCGGUCCAACAUGGCGGUUUACGGAUGGAAAUACUGAUGACAGUCCGAAAGAUCGCCUCGAUUUGUACGAUGGGCGCCAAUGCCUCUGCCUUGGAAAAGGAGAUUGGACCGGAACAGUUUCCCGUUAAUGAACACUACUUUGGAUUGGUCAAUUUUGGCAACACCUGCUACUGUAACUCAGUGCUGCAGGCUCUGUAUUUCUGUCGACCGUUCAGGGAGAAGGUGUUGGCAUACAAGGUGCAGCCACGUCGUAAGGAGUCCCUCCUCACCUGUCUGGCUGACCUGUUCAACAGCAUCGCCACGCAGAAGAAGAAGGUCGGAGUCAUCCCUCCCAAGAAAUUCAUCUCACGACUGAGAAAAGAAAAUGAGCUGUUUGACAACUACAUGCAGCAGGACGCCCACGAAUUCCUCAACUACCUCCUCAACACCAUCGCAGACCUGCUCCAGGAGGAGAAGAGCCAGGAGCGACAGCAGAAUGGAAAACUGGUGCAGAAUGGAGGGGGAGGAGGAGGAGGGGGAGGAAGUGAGGGAGGAGGAGAAGGGGAAGGAGGAAAGGAGACACAACAGACUUGGGUCCAUGAGAUCUUCCAAGGAACACUGACCAACGAGACUCGCUGCCUCAACUGUGAAGCUGUGAGCAGUAAAGACGAGGACUUCCUGGAUCUGUCGGUGGAUGUGGAGCAGAACACCUCCAUCACGCACUGUCUCAGGGGCUUCAGCAACACAGAGACGUUAUGUAGUGAAUACAAAUACUACUGUGAGCAGUGUCGCAGCAAACAGGAAGCCCAGAAAAGGAUGAGGGUAAAGAAGCUGCCGAUGAUCCUCGCCCUCCACCUGAAGCGCUUUAAAUACAUGGACCAGCUGCACCGCUACACCAAACUGUCCUAUCGCGUCGUCUUCCCCCUGGAGCUCCGCCUCUUCAACACGUCCGGUGACGCCACCAACCCAGACCGCAUGUACGACCUGGUGGCUGUCGUCGUACACUGUGGCAGUGGUCCCAACCGCGGACACUACAUCACGAUCGUCAAGAGCCACGGCUUCUGGCUGCUGUUUGACGACGACAUCGUAGAGAAAAUUGACGCGCAGGCGAUCGAGGAGUUCUACGGUCUGACAUCGGACAUUUCCAAGAACUCUGAGUCAGGAUACAUCCUGUUCUACCAGUCCAGAGACUGAACCAGCCAGCGGUAAAUCCCCAACAGACUGUCACUCAACAGAGGGGGAGGCGCUUAUGGCUGCCACCGGCUCCGCCCAGUAUGCUCACAUAAGUUUCCAGGCUUUAUUCCCUGUAGGCGGAGCUUCGCACUGGAACGCCGCUCGGAUCGGUUGACGUGUUCGGGUCGCAUGCCAGCCUCCUGGAUUACGACCGUUCAAAUCUUCUGAGUCCACAUUGUAAAAAGCACCUUAACAAAACAAGAUGGCUGAAUCUGUAACACUCGCUUUGCACUGGGGCAUCAGCUGGGAAAACUGAGUAACGCCAAUCCAAGAGGCUGACAUCGCCGUGUGCACAGUGGUCCAUUUUGGAGGUUAAGGGAGUUUGGGAUUGUUGAGACGAUGCAGAGUAACCAAUCUGCUGUUUCGGAUGAGACACUUAAGCAACUUCUGAUUGUAAUCCUCCUCGUCACGGUAACCAUCAGUGCCAUCACAGUCGUCUUUAGCGUUUUUUUUUUUUUUGUGUGUGUGCAUAUUAUACCGGGCUAAAUUAGCUGUACGCUAACACACAGGUACCAUGCGUUCACCCAAAACAACUCCCCAAAAACUAAUUUCGGAGACAGAGAAACUAACAUCUGACAGCCUUGUUAGAAGUCCCACCUGUCACAACAAAACCUUUAGUGAUUGAAUAGCUUGAACGUGUACCUGGAGAGCAGCACGGUGAUGCAGUUGCUAGUUUGCAGUGUUUGUAUCAUGAAGUGGUGCUAAUAACAGAGUGUUAUAGGCAGAGCGUGCCGAGAUGUUGACAAAUCUGUUAGAAGGGCUCAUUAUUUUAGUUUUUUACUUAAACAUUUCCAAGAAUUUAUUGUUUUUAUCUUAAAUAUUAAAAAUAACUGAAAAUUGGAAAAACAAUCUAGGUAAAAGUCUUGAGGUUUCUCUAUUUAAGCAUGUACUUUUUUUAUUAAUUACAUUAAAAAAGGGCCUGGUUUUCUGUAAAAAGCAGGAACAUAAAGUCUGGGUGAAAAUCUGUUUAUCCCAAUGCACUCCUUUUUUAAAAAUCUACGUGGUCAGCAAAAAUUGGUAGAAACCAAAAACAAUGAGCCUUACAGAUCACCAACAACCCUGUUCCAGUUUGAAAAGGCUAGCUGGCUGAGCAGCGAGUGAAAGCGGCUGGUAAAAGUUUUAAAGUUACUGGUGUGUCGUGCCAUUACGGGUGCCACAGCGGAAAAAGUCAGUGAGAGACGAAGAGUGGUCAGGUGUUUCUAAGUUAAACCGCAUAAGCUAACUAUUUUUUAAGCAAGCACAGUUUCCUUUGCAGUUUUCUUUCAAAGGUUUGUAUUGUUUUAACAUUUGACAUUUUUUAAAGCCAGAAUAUGCACAUUUGUACCAUUUUAAAAGUGACACAUGUAGAGACAAAUACGUUUUCUUUGCUUUAGUCAGUUCUGACAUCCAAACUGUCACACUACGUACAGGUUGACUGUGCCUAGUGUGUCUGGUCCUUUUGUUCCUUUUUAAAGCUUUAUUUCUGGACAGCAAACUAACACCUCCAUACACAGACCAUGCUGCAGCUGGCUCAGUACACCUCAUAAUAUCAGCCACCAAUCCCACGCUGGCAAAUUUUGACUCUGGCUUAAGUGUUUCUCCUGCAGCUGCAGCUCUGGCAGACACUCAGACCUUUUACAUAACAUGUUUUUCACUCCAGAAUCUUAAAUUGGAGCCUCAGAUAUGCUGAGUGAUGCUAACGGUCUGCUGAUGUGACGCGCGUUGGCUGCUGGCCGGCAACAUGGUGUAUUUAAUGCAGUAAGACUGUCUGAUGUGUUUGUCUCAGUUUAAAAAUGUAUUUGUCUCCUCCGUAUCCUUUAAAAUCUAAUUUAGCACAAUAGGAAAGAGUUCAGGUACCAACUUGUACUCAUCCUGUUUUAAGAAGCGAUUAAUUACAUUUUUUUUAAUAAAUUUAAUCCAGCUUCUCCAAUGUGAGGCUGCUUUUCUCUAUUUCUUAUCAUUAAAUUCAAACCCUUUGGGGUUUAUUUUCAGUUGUUGUCUUCGUCAGCUCUAGGAAUUUGGCCCUUGGCAUUUUCUUGGAAAUUUUGAAGAUGAAACAAUACAUAUUAAUUUAAAGAACCAAUAAUGAAUAGUGAAAAUAAUCAGUAGUGGCAGCCAUAACAUGGAUACAUUUUGUCAUUUUGUAGGAAUACUGGGACACAUGGCAAAUACUUUUGUAGUAGCCAUGAAGAAAUAUUAUGACAAAUCCUCCGCUAUCAGGUUUUAUCUUCUCCUUGAGGUCUUUCACAAGAUAAUAUUUCAGUUGCUCAUGAAGUAAUUUAAUGGUAAUAACAGUUUGUAUUAAUAAUACAUCAACUCUUGAAGUUGAAUGUCUCCAAUAGGGCUGCCACUAACAACUGUUUUCAUUAUUGCUUUUUUUUUUAACUUAUCAUUUAGUCUAUGAAAUGUCAGAAAACUGUUUUAAAAAAAAAAAAGCACAUCUCAGAGCCAGAGAGAUGUUUUCAAAUUGCUUGUUUUGUCCUACAAAAAGUGUCCACAACCAAAACAUAUUCAGUUUACAAUGAUACGGAACAGAAAAACAUCCUCACAUUUGAGAAGCUAGAGACAGUAAAUAUUUGGCACUUUUGCAGGAUGAGUAACUAACGAUUAUCUGGUUAUCAAAAUAGUUGCAGAAUAAUCGACUAAUCAGUUAAUUGACCAAUCACUUCAGCUCUAAUCUCUAAAUGAUUGCGAGAAAGAGUCGUAUCUUUCUCCGUUUUGAUCAUCAUCAGAAUCACCUCAAAAGAUCAGACAUUAAAAUGUUCUUUAAUGGGUGGUAUAUCCUGACACUCCUGAGGUAAACGAGCGUAAUUAAUGCUUUCAGAUAGGUUUUAAUUGUGCUGAGGCAAGGAGAAACAGGAGCCAUUUUAAAGCCUUUACUCGUUCUCCCUAACUCGAGCCUGCUGCUAGGCAACAGUCUCCUUUUUCACCUCUGUUGUUUUCGUUUAACGCACAAACAAACCAAAUGUAGGUUGUUGGGUUUUUUUUUUUUUUGGUUUAGUCUUGUUUUUUUAGUACGUUUUACACUGCCAAGCUCGUAAGACUCGUAAGACUGACUGGGCUAUCCCAGAUUAACAAGCAAGCUCACCCCGUCACUCUUUGUAACAGUGCUGCAGCUGAUGGAAAGUGAAUGGAAAAUGCUCUCUGUAGCCUUUAAGGUGUUUAUAUUCUACAGUAGUUGAGUGGCCUGGGCAGUGGGUCAAGUAUUAUCUGAAUGUUAAAAUGUACAGUAAAAUAAAAAUAGGGCUGCUGCUUGACCUGUAAAACACCAUCUGGAGUUGGGCACUUCUCAGUAAUCUUAAGUUGCUGUCUCUCCUGCUUAGACAAGAAAAGCACUUUUAACAACAUUACUACAUUGUGAAAUUCUUAAUUUCCUUUUUAAGUCUUUUAUUUUGAUGUAGCCCUGAUUUAGGUUGGAUAUCCCGGGGUUUGCGGACAAUGUUUUCACGUUUCAAAGUCAUCUACCAGGAAUGUGAGCUUGCAUGUAUUUGAUUGGCCACCACAAACACCUUGCUGUCUGAUGUUGGACUGCGGUCCGGCAAAGGCUGCCACAGCCUCAACAGAGCCCUCUGCCUUGGCACCCCACGGUGCCCCAUUCAAAUGAAUGAGGAGGCUGCGUUUAUUUUUCAUACAGAGCUAAGGUCAGCUUUAAUACAGCCUUAGCCCUGAUCCAGAACCGUCUUACUACGUAUCAUGGCCCUGCACUGCUAUCUCCGGACAUUUCAGUCACCGAGCGGCUCAUAAAAUGUAUUAUCUGAAGAGUAGAAACUCAUUGGAUGAUAGGCUGUCUUCUCAGCAACUGAUAAAGAUGUGAAAAAAACGACAUUAAGCGGGUGCAAAGUAACAAAUGAUGAUUUACUCUGACCUAGGAAUGGAUAAAAACUUUCUUGUUCAGGGCAAUGACACGCAGUAUGACAGUCCUGGAUCAGGGCUAGGUAUUUUUAAAACACACAGCCAGCAAACCCAGCCAUGUCCAAACUCAUAUGUCCUAUUUUUGUUAUUAUUUAGCUGUUAAAUCUGUUUAUCACAACCACAGAGGUGUUCAAGUUCUUGAACGUCUCAAGUUUUCAAAAUGAAGGAAAGGGAGCGACUUCAGAUGACGUGUCCCAAACACUUCCUUCAUUCACCGGGUGAGGCUUCGAAGUCAACACUAUUUCCCGUUCCCGUGUGUGCUGCUCUUAAACUCAACUAAUCUAACAUGAAAGGAAUCUGUUUUGGUGUUAAUCCACUUUGUUUCCGUCAGUUUAUGGUUGCAAAAGAUUUGAAACGCAGGUUAUAUCCAGGCACCAACAGAAACUGUGGACUCCUGUAAGAGUUGCUUUCACCAAAUGAUAUGAACACAUUUUAAGCUUUUUAAGGAAAGUUUCCAUUUACCGCAAGUAUAAAUGAACAAAAACAAGCACAAAAGCGUUUUUAUUUUGGGGAUAAAAGUCCACAGAUUCAGUUCGGAGCUGGUUAUGAUUCUGGUCCCCAAAACUGUAAAUGUGACUGUCAUCAACGAGACUGGUUGGUUGAAAUUUUUGUCAGGACAAAGUGUUAGAAACCCAUGUUGAAACAAGGCUCUGUUUUAUUUAAAUACUAUUAAUAUUAUCAUUAUGAAUGUUUGUUAUCUUCGUUUUCUUAAAUGUUUCACUUGUUUUUGAUAUAUUUCACUAAUUUUACUAGUCUACCAUUCUUGUGUAGGCAGCUUUGGAUAUCUGAAGAUUAUUUUGGUUCAAUUUGGGAGUAUGUGACGCGAGAUGUUGAUGUGUACAUAAAUACAGAUGUUAUUAUUGGAAUAUAAAUAUUUGCUUGCUUGGAAUAAUCAGCAGACCUAGAUCAAAAAUGUUAGUGGACGUUAUAUCUCAAAAUACUUUUAUUCUGGUAAUGAACCAAUACGCCUGGUGCUUCAAAAGUAACAAGUCCCACCCAUCUGGCAUCCCAGGCAGCCUAAACCAAACAGCCCAAAGUAAAUUAGCGCAUAUGUAAUCCGACUGGUCACCCUAUAGUACACAGAAAACUGUCCGCUUUCAUUUACAUACACUUACUUUGAAGAAAACUAGAAGUUAUCCGUACAAGAAGCUGAUUAGAAACUGUUGUGUGUAUCACUGUGUUAAAGGAAAAAUCCACUUUAAAGGACAUGCACACUUGAAAACAAAUCAGCCGUUCGUGAGUUGUUCUGUUUGUCUCUCAGCCUGUUUUAUAAUUUGGCGUUUGAUUUAGUUUUUCCUGUGAAUAACUGGUCGAAUGUAGAUGAAGUGGUCACACCUUGAGACAUUUUGUUGAUAAUCACAAUGUUGAAGAGCACUAGAAGAUGACUAUAUUCACGAAAACGUUUAUUUCAGGUUAAAAAAAGUAUGUUUCAGUAUCAAGCUUCAUAUGUGUCUUAAACUUGGAAACUUUUCAAUUUUUCAACAUAUCCGAAUUUCUGUACUGAUACAGAAUCCUUUUUUUUAUAACUUACCAAUAAGCCCAGGCUGAUUGUAUAACAGCUGAUAUUACCUUAUCGCAGAUGUAUUGGUAUUGCGUAUAAGUCCAAGUAAUACAAAAUUGCAGUACAGAAAUGUCAGAGAUAUGUAAUAACAGCAAAUAUCUCAUUAUCGGAUUUUUAAAAAUAACUAAUAUUGAAGUUGGUAUUAGCCUUAAACAUCAUCAAGUUUCGGUCAGGUUAAAUAACUUAUUUUGCUUUGUUUUUUCCUAAUAAAAAAAGAAGAAGCUUGUUUUAAAAAAAGUUAUUUAACAAAUGAGCUGACAAUUCUGAAAUGUCUCAGUAUAUAUGUAUAAGAAUAAAAUUAACAUAAAUAAAAACUAAAUUAAUUACAAUACAAGUAAGAUUAUGAUGCAGAUCAGACAACAUUUGGUGUUAAGUUUCAGUACUUUGAGUACUGGACUCAAAAAGAUCUUUACUUUGAUACACAGCUCUACCCACACUGAAUUAAACUGCUUCUCAACAUUGUGAUUAUUUGCCUAAUAGUCUCACAGCUAAUGAGUAAAUGUUCAAUGUAUCAAGAGUCUUAUUAAGCUCUUGUGUGUCCAUCAUUAAUCAAAAGCAGCACAUUCGAGCCUCCUUUGUGAGGGUUUUUAGGUAUUAUGGGAAAGUAGAAGAGAUGGGUUGGGAGAAAGAAACAACUCGUUAAAUAACAAAAACUGACAUCUGUUGGUGGAUUCUUCCUUUAAAGCUUUUUUUUUUCUGUCCUCAGAAAUGUCCCUUCAGGGCUUCGGUUGUCCACAUCACUCCCCCUUUUCAGACUCACCAAGAAUGUAAAUGUUUUGAACCUAACAUGUGACGGACGAAAAAGUGACUGAAUGUGUCAUUAACACUUACAUUGUCUGUUGCAACUAGUGUGCAAAGUGGCAGCAGCCUCACAGACCCAAACAACUUAUUAUUUACAUUGUACUCAAACAGCUCCACGCCUUCAGAACACAUUCAGACUCCUUGAUUUGUUGUUAUUUAGCAAAUUUGUGACAUUUAAUGUAAACAUUAGGAAAGUAAAUUGUGUUUUUGCAUCAAUUUACAUAAAACACUCCAUUAUGGAGAACAGAAAACAGAAAGACCUUCUUUGAAUUCAUAUUCAGCUCCUCGACUCAGGCUGAAGCACAGCAGAAAGGUCUGCUCUUAUUUUGGCACCAGCCUCAGACACAGAAGUGUUUUUACUUGGUUUUUGUGACAGGCAUUUAAUUGGGCCAUGAAACUGCACAGAGUCUGAGGCUUUUCGGUUCUAGCUCUGAACACAUCUGAAGGACAAAGUAUUGAAUCCUUCUCCUGCAAGUUGUUUUGUGGGUGUUUGUGGGGGCUGCUGCCGCUGCACACACUGCUGUCUGAAGUUCAUUCUGAAUACAUGUAGAUGCAGUGAAGUUUGGGAAUAACGGCUGGUUCUGAUGGUGUCCAAACUGUUGGAAAUAAAACACAAACUGGUUUUGAAGAUGGAAUAAUCCA